AAGGUAAAAAGGUCCAUGAUCUUGCAUGGCCUAUGGUAAGAAUCCGUGAUCUUGCAUGUCUUUGAAAUGAAUUAUAUGUCUGUUGGGGAACAUAUGGUUCAUAAUGUUGAGUAUGUGAUUACCACAUCUCAAUAUGAAAAGCUCAUGACUCGCGUGGCUCGAAUGAGAAGGUUCAUGAUCUUGCAUGGCCUUAAAUAUGGGUCCAUGAUCCUGCGUGGCCCAGGUAAAGGUAAAAGGGUAGAAAAUAAAAGGGUUCAUGAUCUGCAUGCCUUAGGUCUGGUUCUCGGUUUAAUUGAUUCAACCGAUUGAAUCGGUGAACCGACUGAUCCAAACAGCAAGGAAGAUUUGAUGAGAGGAGCAAGCUGCAGGCAUGGAUUUUCUAAUUUGGUGUUGAUAAUUUUGUAAUUUUGUUAAAAUUAAAGGUUAAAAUGGGUAUAAGAAAGGAAUGGGAAGGGUGAAAUUGAAAAAAAUUGAAAGAAGAUUGCAUGAGAAAUUGAACCGGUGGUUUUUUCGGUUUCACCAGUUUUAUCAGUUUUU